AUGCAGCUGCAGGACGUGUUCAAGAUCUUGCUCAUCGUGACCAACAGCGACACGGGCGACAUUGGAGCCAUCAUCGCCCACGAGAUCGGCACCGGAAAGACCAGAAUAUAUCAAGCCGUUAUCGCCGUCAUAAGACUCGUCCGCAUCAUCAAGGACCACCUCGAAACGCAUCCCGAGAUGCAUGCGGGCUGCACGGAAAGGUGCGUCAUCGGCGCUGGGCCUCACGGAUGGAGGAUUCGCUGCCUGCGCGAGAGGGGUUCGCUCGGCGCCAAGCUCGCGGAGAAGUUCCCGCCCGGCGCCAACCUUGUGGUCGCCAGCAAGAGCAUGGUCCCCCAGGCGUACCGCGAUGCACAGGGGUACUUCAAAGAGCAUCUGAGAUUUACAGUCCACGGCCCCACCACGCGUCGCUUCGAGGUCCCGUUUAUGCGCAUCGUCAGCUGGGACAGUCGCCAAGAGGAUCAGAUGAAGGUCGCCCGCGCUGAGGCCGUCGUGGACGACAAUAACGAAGAGCUCCAGGUCCCCCGAGGGAGGGGUGACUCGAGAAUCCACCCAGGCCGCACGUACGCUAGCAACACUGUCUUGGGGAAACGCAUGCUGGCAUGUUCCAAAGUCAAGUACCGGCUGGCCGCGAAGAACCCGGUCGAGGCACCGUCCAUCAUGUUCAUCGUUUCGCGGUCAACCCUUAGCAGGACCGACGGCAACUGGGCUUCGGCGUGGUAUGCGGACAUCACCAUCGAGCUGGAGGAGCAAGCGACGCGCGGGCAGCAGACAGCAAGAGGGCCAGAGGUGGCCAUUGUCAGGCUUAGAUCGGCGCCGCACUUCGGACUAGUAGUCUGGGACGAGGCUCAGGAAGUCAAGGAUGUCAACUCCUCGCUGGCCAAGUGCCUCCGCGGCAUAAUCAACGAGCAAGUCAUCCCCCCGGCCAUGAUCCUCGUCAGUGGAAGCCUGGUCCACUCGAACCUCGCCGACAUGACCUUGGCCAUCACCCUCACCCGCGGACUCAGGACGUCUCUGGAGAUAAAGACGCUGUCCGACACCCUGAAGACCAUAAACAAGUACUGGGUGGAUCACCCUAGCUCCCCCAUCAAAGCCAGCCACCAUCACGAACUGAGGGGGUUCUUGCGUCGCCUGGCCUCGUCCGAAUUCAUGGGCUACGUCAUCGUUUCAAAGCCGGAUUGCCGCCGCCUAGACGUCGAAUGCGACCUCCCCCCCCAGUACAGGGACCGCAUUGCGGCGCUCACCCGAGAGGUCGCCAAGGAGGUGCUGGCGCAGCUCGACAAGCGCAAGCGAGCAUACGACAGCAGCAUCCGGGACGGCAGACCGCCCGUUGCCCGGACAGGCCUCGUCGUCAAGGAAUUCUGGUCACUUCGCCUCCUCCGCAGAGCGCUCCUGUUCCCUGGGGUGCUCGACGCCCAGGAGCGCGCGAACCAGGAGGGUAAAGAAGUCGAGCUGCUCGCCCAGAACAUCGACGGCCACCUGAGGCGGGCGAAAGGCCCCAUGCCGCGCCAGUACGCCCACAUCCAUAUCCCAAACCUCACCCCUUACCUGGACAUCAUUCUAGUGAGGUGGGGUAAAUGGAUAGAAUACGAAAGCAUUCUCAUGCAGCUCUACGAAGACGCCCGAGAGUACCCCACCGACAGCGACAUCGGGGCCGGAGCCAAGGGUCCCAAGAACGCGAUGGUCCUCCUCAGCGAUCCAGGUGCGGUGCACAAAGCCCAGCUCUAUAACGAGACGAAUCUCCCAGCGGACAAGUUCGAGUCGACGAUGAUCUUCGCAGGAAUGAGUCAGGACGAUAGAGAAGGGGCGAUGGUUUGGUUCAACACGUUCUGGGAAAAAGACGGGACUGAGAAGAAGAAAUCCAAGGUCCUGGUGGGGUCCUACAAUCUCCUUGGGACGGGAUUCGACAAUCUGAAGUGCGCGGUGAUGGUGAUUCAUCUCGAGGUUCAUCCCAACAAGAACGAGUUCGAUCAGUCCGUCGGCCGCAUCCAUCGGCGAGGCCAGCCCCUCGAGACGGUCAGCUAUCAGUUGAAAACCCCAGGACAACCUUUAGAGGAACUGAACUUGGCUUUAAGGGAGGAACGAGGAGGACUCGUCGCCAACCUUACUUAUGUAGCGGAGGGGCUUCGGGCGGCGAUAGAGGCGUGA